UGUCAGUAAAUGGGUCGGUAGCGAUAACCCGGUGCCGUACCCAAAAUACCAGCCAUAGGGCAGGUAUUACAGCGAUGAAGCAGAAUCGUGACGUAAUCAGUACGCGCCGGGAAGGGUCCCGGAAGCACGUGUUUAGGGGACUGCCAGCUUCGGAAACGUGGAGUUGUUUCUCAAAAAUACGAAGCGAUCGCAAUGGAUAAAAAAGUGAAAAAGAUCAAAAAGAAAUCGGGUUCCAACUCCGGAACGCCAAGCAACGGGGAUGCGAAGCCGCCUGGAGACGGAAGCGGCUAUGUAGCAGGGGAAGUGGCCGGCAGCCUGUUUGCAGAGAAACCGGGAGAGAAAGAGACCGGUUUAUUUUCACUCUUUGACUCCAAGGCUGUCACAGUCCAGCCAGUCUACGUUCCUGCUCCAAAAAUUAGCACCAAAAGAAAGCUACCAGAAGUUGAGGUCACAAAACCAGAAGAAACACAGCUUGAAAUCCCAGAACCCACAAAAAAGGCAAAAUCCAAGGAGCUUUCUGUGGCUGAAAGAAAGGUAGCAGACAGAGAGCAAGCGCUGACAAAGGCAGACGAGGAAGAGAUCGCACAGAAACAAAAAAAGAAAGCACAUAAGACUGCGAAAACCGAAAUCACAAGAGAAGAGGCGAUCACAAAGCGCAUCAAGAGAAAGUUACAGAAGAAAGAGGAGGAGGUAAAAGGCAAAAGAACGGUGUUUGUGGGGAAUUUGCCGGUGGACUGCACAAAACAGGCUCUCAAGAACCUUUUCAAAGAGUUUGGGCUAAUAGAAUCUGUACGAUUCCGAUCCAUAGCUAGAGAAGAGGCAAAGUUAUCAAGAAAAGCUGCCACUAUCCAACGCAAAGCACACCCGAAAAGAAAAAAUAUCAACGCUUACGUAGUGUUUAAAGAAGAGGAUAGUGCUGCUCGAGCCCUUAAGAAGAAUGGGGCGGAAGUUGGAAGUGGGGUUCACAUCAGAGUUGAUUUGGCCUCAAAGAGUAAGUCCCAUGACAACAAGAGAUCGGUGUUCGUGGGAAACCUUUCAUACGAAAUACACGAAGAGGCAAUGCGGGAACAUUUUUCAGAAUGCGGAAACGUCGAAGCCGUCCGGGUGAUUAGAGAUAAAGCCACUGGAAUUGGCAAAGGCUUUGGUUAUGUUUUAUUUGAGACUUCCGAUGCCGUCCAGCUUGCUCUUAAGUUAAACAACUCUGAGCUAAUGGGAAGAAAACUGAGGAUAAAACGCUGUGUGACAGAGCCAUCGUCUCAACCCAAAAAUAAAAAUUUCAAGCGGAAGUUGGAUACUGUAAAGCAGGCGAAACCAGACAAGGCUAAGGCUUUUAUUGGAGAAACUGCAGAUGUGAUAAAAAUUAAAAAGAAGACUCCCAAACCCCCACGCAGGCCCAAGAAGAAUUAAAAUGCAGACAAAUUGCAUCAAAACUGAAACGGCUGUGUUGGUUAAAUGUGUUCAUUUCUUGUUUUGUUUAACU